AUGGAUUCCGUCAAGCUUCAAACGGCUCCUCCCUCUCUCCACACCAAAAUGCUACCUCAUCACCUCCACCACAUUCCCUUACCUCCUCGCAACUUCCGGUCAAAACCGGUUAUCGGAAUCACCACCACUCGAUCUCGGCCCCACGUGUCACCAGUGGCUGUUCUUUUCCGUGAGGAAACCUCUCUGGCUCCUCUUGAUUCUCCUUCUCCUCCUCUGCCACGUCUCAAAGUCUCUCCGAGCUCUCUGCAGUACCCGCCCGGUUACCUCGGCGCGGUUCCGGAUCCCACGAGCGGCGACAACGAUAGCGGAAGCAUCGUGGAGGCUAUGGAGUAUCUGACGAGUAUACUUUCCACUAAGGUUUAUGACGUGGCGAUUGAGUCGCCACUUCACUUGGCUAAGAAGCUGUCGCAGAGGCUUGGUGUUCGUAUCCUUCUCAAAAGAGAAGACUUGCAACCUGUUAAGUCGUUUAAGCUUCGUGGAGCUUACAACAUGAUGGUGAAGCUUACAGCAGAGCAAUUAGCAAAAGGGGUGAUCUGUUCCUCAGCUGGAAACCAUGCUCAAGGAGUUGCUAUGUCUGCUGCUAAGCUCGGCUGCACUGCUGUGAUUGUUAUGCCUCGUACAACCCCUGAAAUCAAGUGGCAAUCUGUGGAGGACUUGGGUGCUACAGUUGUUCUUAUUGGAGAUUCAUAUGAUGAGGCGCAAGCAUUUGCUAAGCAACGAGCUGAAGAAGAAGGUUUGACGUUUAUACCUCCUUUUGAUCACCCGGACGUUAUUGUUGGACAAGGGACUGUUGGUAUGGAGAUCACACGGCAAGCUAAAGGUCCGUUACAUGCUAUCUUUGUCCCCAUUGGUGGUGGUGGUUUGAUAGCUGGUAUUGCUGCUUAUGUGAAGAGAGUUUGUCCUGAGGUGAAGAUCAUUGGUGUAGAGCCAGCUGAUGCAAAUACAAUGGCGUUGUCAUUGCAUCAUGGUGAGAGAGUGAUACUAGACCAGGUUGGGGGUUUUGCAGAUGGAGUAGCAGUUAAAGAAGUUGGUGAAGAGACUUUUCGUAUAUGCCAACAGCUGGUGGAUGGUGUUGUUCUCGUCACUCGUGAUGCUAUUUGUGCAUCAAUAAAGGAUAUGUUUGAGGAGCAAAGGAACAUAUUAGAACCAGCAGGUGCUCUUGCCCUCGCUGGAGCUGAAGCAUACUGUAAAUACUAUGGCUUAAAGGACGUGAAUGUUGUAGCCAUAACCAGUGGCGCAAACAUGAACUUUGAUAAGCUGAGGAUUGUGACAGAACUCGCCAAUGUCGGUAGGCAACAGGAGGCUGUUCUUGCUACUCUCUUGCCGGAAAAGCCUGGAAGCUUUAAGCAGUUCUGUGAGUUGAUUGGACCAAUGAACAUAACUGAGUUCAAGUAUAGAUGUGGCUCUGAAAAGGAAGCUGUUGUACUAUACAGUGUUGGAGUGCACACAGCUGGAGAGCUCAAAGCACUGGAGAAGAGAAUGGAAUCUUCUCAACUCAGAACUAAGAACCUCACAACCAGUGACUUAGUAAAAGAUCACCUGCGUUACUUGAUGGGUGGAAGAUCAAGUGUUGAAGAAGAGGUUCUAUGCCAAUUCACUUUCCCUGAGAGACCUGGUGCUCUGAUGAACUUCUUGGACUCUUUCAGUCCACGUUGGAACAUUAGUCUUUUCCAUUACCGUGCAGAGGGUGGAGCAGGCGCGAAUGUGCUGGUGGGGAUCCAAGUCUCUGAGCAAGAAAUGGAGGAAUUUCGAAACAGAGCUCAAGUUCUUGGAUACGAGUACGUCUUGGUAAGUGAAGACGCUAUCUUCAACCUUUUAAUGCACUGA